CGAAUUUUCGCCAUUCUGCGACAAUGGCGCCAGCUGAUCUUCGACUCGAGCUCGAAACUUCCAAAGUCUGGCUGAGUCUCGCCAAGUCUCGCUGAAACGUGAAUGUGUUCGGAAGUUUUGUUCGAAAAAAAUUUUUUGGGGAGAUUUUGAUUGCUGACGCAAUUUACGUAUUGCAUUUCAAGACCUACGGACUCGACAAUUAUAUGAAGCAAAGAAUAUUAUUUUAUAGUCGUAUCCCCGAAAAGUCAAAGUGGGGACGGGAGAACUACAAAUAAACCGAACUGAAUUGAACUGACUCGAGCUCCACUCAAGCUAUGUUCAAAGCGGUUGGCGGUGUGUGAUAGACGUGACCGACGUGACUUGUCGCGUGUUCGUAUCAGUUCACGUGUGUUCACACAUGGUACUUGCAGCGAGACAGCACGACGACGGUCCUAAAGUAUUCCGGGCUAAUUGCGGAGAGAGUGACACGCUAUGAACGCGUUAGUUUACACGAAAACGAUGAUUGCCGGUCACGGUGGAGUCAUCACUCGACGGUACUCCCCGUUUAAAUUAUGGUGCAAUAUGAAUCAUACGAUGGGUAGCAUAGCUCUAAUUUAUACCGACUUGAGAGAUCCAAGAAGAUUAUUGCUGGAACCUAUAGUAUCACCAAUGUAUAUCAAUAAUAUUAAUAAUAAAAAUAUAACAUACCUACAAGUUCGUACCUUUUAUGUAUCUCCAAGUUGGAGAGGUCAAGAGCCGUCGUCAAAAAUAGAAGAAACAGUAAAAUCCAUCAAGGAAGAGAAAGAACUUAAAGAUAAAAUAGUAGACAGUGCUGUGAAGGAUUGUGAACAAGCAAAAAAAGCUGUUGCUAAAGUCACAAUAUGGCAAAAAAUUAAAGGCGAACUAUUGCAUUAUUAUCAUGGGUUUCGAUUAUUGGGACUCGACAUGAAAGUAUCAGCAAAAUUAAUAUGGAGAAUUUUACAUGGGAAAGAACUAAGCAGAAGGGAGCAUCGUUUGUUAGUAAAAACAACCGGAGAUAUGUUCAGAUUAAUUCCAUUCUCCGUUUUUAUUAUCGUUCCAUUUAUGGAAUUUUUAUUACCAGUGGCAAUUAAGUUAUUCCCUGGCAUGCUGCCUUCUACUUUCCAAACAGCAACUGAAAAAGAAGACAAGCUUAAGCAGGCUUUAAAGGUCAAAAUAGAAAUGGCAAAAUUUUUACAAAAAACAUUGGAUGAAAUGGCAUUGCAGUCAUCAGAUCACAAAUCUCAGAAAGCUAAAGAGUUUGUAGAAUUUUUCUACAAAGUACGAACAACCGGCACUGUCGCAACGAACGAAGAAAUUAUGAAAUUUAGCAAAGUUUUCGAGGAUGAAAUCACCCUAGAUUCUCUCUCACGACCGCAACUAAUUGCUUUAUGUCGUGUAUUAGAUGUGCAAACACUUGGAACUACCAAUUUUUUACGAUUUCUACUUAGGAUGAGACUCAGAAGUCUUACUGCAGAUGACAAACUAAUUGAAAAAGAAGGAGUUAAUACCUUAACCAGAGCUGAAUUACAACAAGCUUGCAAGGCACGUGGUAUGCGCGCUUAUGGAUUGCCAGAGGGCAGAUUAAGGGAACAAUUAUCACAGUGGUUGGAUUUGAGUUUAAUUAAAAAGGUUCCACCCUCUUUACUAUUGCUAUCACGAGCGCUUAUGAUACCGGAGACGGUACCUAUGUCAGACAAGCUGAAAGCAACCAUUUCGGCCCUGCCUGAUGCAGUUGUAGCUCGUACUCAAGGUGCUAUUGGAGAAAAAGAGGGCAAGCUGGAUCAUAAGACCAAUAUCGAGAUCAUAAAAAUGGAAGAACUUAAAAUCGAAGAAGAAAGAAAGGAAAAGAAAGAAGCUGAACCACAGCCUGUUCUGGAAUCCACUACUAAAACAGAUGAAAUUACUACCACAGAUGUCAAAGUUUUAGAACAAGCUUUGGAUUCAAUUGGUAAAGAUAAUAAAAAUAUGGCUGUAGAGAAAGAGGAAAUUAAAGAACUCAAAGAAGAAAUGGCAGAAUAUCAAGAAGAUAUUAAAGAGUUAUAUCAAAUUAAAGCAGAGGCAAAAGGUCAAGCAGAUAUAGAAAAUAUUAAAGUAUCAAAAGGUGCUAAUAGAUUAUUCAAAAAGGUUAACAAAAUGAUUUCAAAAAUGGAUGCCGUUUUGCUGGAGCUCGAGCAAUCUGAGAAAAAAGUUAAACAAAGAUUCAAGUCAUUGGGUCCUGAUGAGAAACGGGAUGUCAAAGAUGUUGAAGAAUUAGUUAAAAUAGAUGAACUAGUUGCUGCCAUUAAGCAAAUUCAAAGUGUACCCGACGAACAUCGUUUGAAACGCAUAGCAGAAAUUUUAGGAAAAAUUGAUGACGAUCACGAUGGUGCUAUAAAAAUAGAAGAUGUCUUAAAAGUUGUAGAAUUAAUAGGUAAGGAAGAUGUUAAAUUAAGCAAAGAGCAAGUGAAUGAAUUGAUAGAAUUAAUGGAUAAAGAAGAAGUAUUAGAAGUAGAGGAACAAAUACAAAAAUCAUUAGAAAAGGAUUCCAAGACAUCCGAGACAAAAGAGAAUAUAAAAGCUACGCAUAAAUCUACGGUUCCAGCUACGCCGGUAACAACUGAGUCAGGAUUUGGAAAAGAAGAAUUAAUAGACAAUGCUGUUAGAGAAUCCAGCAAAGCCUACGGAGGUCCCGAAGAAGACAAGCAGAAAUCAGCUGCUGUUCUUAAAAGUAAUUCCAAAUCCGAUGAGGUAAAAAAUCCUCCAAUUACAUCAAGUGUUCCACCAACAGUGAAAAAAGCAGAAGGUUCUAAACAACUGUGAUUAACGCACAAUGGAAUAUAAAUUAGUACAUUUAAUUAUCAGUAAUAUUUUUACUGAAGUGAUGUUUGAUAUGGAUCCUCGUCUGUCUGUACCCCUCAUAUUUUUUAGGAAAUUUUUAUUUCUGCAAAUAGAGUGCAUAAUACAAUAGGAGAAAAAUCUUAUCUUAACAUAAGGCACAAAGAUGUUUUCAUCACACAUUGGCUAUUGCAAUUGUUUAAUUAUUAAUAUAUUGUAUAUAGAAACUGUUGAAUAUACGUAAUAUAUUAGCCAUUUAUAAUAUUUGAGUAAUAUUGAUUUCUAACUUCACACAUAUGCACAUGCAAAAACCCGAAGUUUCUCAUUGAAGACUGUGAUGCAUUUAACAGCAUCAUUUGCAUUACUACUUUUUAUCCAUAGCGAUGUAAUUUUGUUGAUCAUAAUUGUUAAAACACUAUUUUUGUAAUUAAUUGUCAAUGUCGAAAAGAAAAAAUAGAAUAUUGUUAGUCUAAACAUUGACAACAAAUUACAUAUAUUUAAAAAAUGUUUUCUACUACAGUACAUUUUAAUUUCAAUAAGUUUACAGGGGAUAAAUCAUUCCAACUAUCUCAAUAUUGUAUAUUUAUUAAUACAUUAAGCACACACCACUUGUAACUCAAAAUAAUAGUCUCCAAUUGUAUUAUCUUGUAAUUCCGACAUUGAUAUUGCAAAAUAAUUGGCUAUUUAAUGAGUGACAUAAAAUAAAUGUACAGUAAUUUAUAAUAUUAUUUUCAUUUAUGAAAACCACAAACAUACUCAAUAUAAAAAAAAAUUGAGUAUGAUUUAUAUUACAUAGUGCGUUAAAUUUGCAAAAGAAACUUUGUUAAUGGCAUAAUUCUAUGUGAAAAGAUGUUACAUCAAUUUCGGGGCACUACAUGUAUAUAAACAAAAGAGAAAUAUUGCAUAUACUCUAUAAUAUUAAUUAGACAAAGACCACAUCUGUAUUAUAAAAUAUGAAUUCAGAAAGGACGUUCAGAGAUCUAUUUCUUUACUUCUGCGCAUGAAAGUCUAAAUGUACAUAUAAAAAUAUGUAUUAUUUUUUUAAAUUUUUAUAGAAUGCCGUUCCAAAAGAAAUAAAAUUGCGAAAUUAAGUGUCCUAAAAAAUGAGAAGUUUUUAUAAAAUUUUGCUGCAUCAUUCUACUUUAUUUGUUUUAUUUCCUUGUAUUUUGUUGCUUCUUUGCACUUUGCUGCAGAAAUAAUUAAUUUUGAAAAAAAAA